AUGGCUAGUGAACGUGAUCUGUUCUCGGCGGAGAUUGUGAACCGAGGGAUUGAAUCCUCUGGACCAAACGCUGGCUCCUUGACCUUCUCUGUGAGGGUUAGGAGGCGUUUGCCAGAUUUUCUUCAAUCGGUGAACCUCAAGUACGUGAAAUUGGGAUACCAUUAUCUCAUAAACCAUGGCAUAUACUUGUUGACCAUACCCGUUCUUCUGGUGGUGUUCAGUGCUGAGGUUGGAAGCCUCAGCAAAGAGGACCUGUGGAAGAAGCUCUGGGAAGACGCGCGUUACGACCUUGCCACGGUUCUUGCUUCCUUUGGGGUCUUCGUCUUCACCUUGUCUGUUUAUUUCAUGUCACGUCCACGUCCCAUUUACCUCGUUGAUUUUGCAUGCUAUAAACCCGAUGACGAACUCAAGGUGUCAAGGGAGGAGUUGAUGGAGGUGGCAAGAAAAUCAGGGAAGUUCAACGAAGAGAGUCUCCGCUUCCAAAAGAGGAUGCUAAUGUCCUCCGGCGUCGGCGACGAGACCUACAUCCCCAAAUCCGUCGUAGCCUCCACCGAGAACACCGCCACCAUGAAGGAGGGUCGCGCAGAGGCCUCAAUGGUCAUGUUCGGUGCGCUGGACGAGCUCUUCGAGAAAACUCGCGUCCGCCCCAAAGACGUGGGUGUUCUGGUGGUCAACUGCAGCAUCUUCAACCCCACGCCGUCGCUGUCAGCCAUGAUCAUCAACCACUAUAAGAUGCGGGGGAACAUAUUGAGCUACAACCUUGGAGGAAUGGGGUGCAGUGCAGGGAUCAUAGGCGUGGACUUGGCUAAGGAUAUUCUACAAGCCAACCCUAACAACUACGCGGUGGUGGUGAGCACUGAGAUGGUGGGGUACAACUGGUAUCAGGGGAAGGAUAGAUCGAUGCUCAUUCCUAACUGUUUCUUCCGCAUGGGCUGCUCCGCCGUCUUGCUCUCCAACCGCCGCCGAGACUAUAGCCGUGCCAAGUACAGUCUUGAGCACAUUGUUCGCACGCACAAGGGUGCAGAUGACCGAAGCUUCAGGUGUGUGUACCAAGAAGAAGAUGAUGAAAAACUCAAGGGACUAAAGAUCAGCAAAGACUUGAUUGAGAUUGGUGGUGAUGCUCUGAAGACCAACAUCACCACACUAGGACCCUUGGUGCUACCCUUUUCUGAGCAGCUUCUCUUCUUUGGCACCCUUGUGUGGAGGCACUUAUUUGGGAGCAAAACUGAUGGGAGUUCCCCAUCAAUGAAGAAGCCAUACAUUCCUGACUACAAACUGGCUUUUGAGCACUUUUGUGUGCAUGCUGCAAGCAAGACCAUUCUUGAUGAGCUUCAAAGGAACUUGGAGCUGAGUGACAAGAACAUGGAGGCAUCUAGGAUGACACUGCACCGCUUUGGCAACACCUCUAGCAGCAGCAUUUGGUAUGAGUUGGCUUACAUGGAAGCAAAGGAGAGUGUGAGAAGAGGGGACCGUGUUUGGCAACUUGCUUUUGGCUCUGGCUUCAAGUGCAACAGUGUGGUAUGGCGUGCCAUGCGUAGAGUCGCUAAGCCUUCAAGGAACCCUUGGCUUGACUGCAUCAACAGAUAUCCUGCACCUCUCAACUGA